AUUCCUUUUCUUAUAUACAACAGUAAACUUUAAACUUAUCUAUCUGUCUAUUUAUCUUUUCAUCUUUUCACCAGAACACACAUAUAGCUAACCCGUUGCAAAGAGUCCCGGUCUUACUAAGCACACUUCACCCUGAGGCCCCUGCCAGUACCUGCCACUACCAGUAGGUCACAAGACAGCGGACGGGAGGGACUAUGGCCGCUACUCUCCGCCAGACACCCCUCACCUGCAGUGGCCACACGCGCCCUGUGGUCCAUCUGGCCUUCUCGCAGCUGUGUCCUGACGGCUACUUCCUCAUCUCCGCCAGUAAAGAUGGGAAGCCAAUGAUGCGUCAGGGCAACACAGGUGACUGGAUCGGUACCUUCGAGGGCCACAAGGGGGCUGUCUGGGGAGUAGCCCUCAACGCUGACACCUCCCGUGCGGCCACAGCAGCGGCGGACUUCACGGCCAAGGUGUGGGAUGCUGUGUCAGGUGAGGAGCUGCACAGCUUCUCCCACAGCCACAUUGUCAAGGCAGUGGACUUCUCACCCUCCUCCACCGAACUGCUCACCGGCUCUAAUGAAAAGCUGCUCAAGAUCUUUGACAUCGCCAAGCCUGAAGCUGACCCACAGGUGUUCUCCGGCCACACUGGGAGCCUCAAGCAUGUGCUCUUCAUGAAUGAGGGGAAGCAGAUGUUGAGCUGUGCCGAGGACAAGACCAUCAGGGUGUGGGACAAGGCUUCUGGACAGGAGGUGCAGAAACUAGAGGUGGCCCACAACCCCACUGGUAUGGAGCUGAGCAGUGAUGGCAAGACCCUCACCGUGACCUACGGCUCCAAGGUGGCCUUCCUCGGCCCUGAAACGUUGGAGAUGCAAAGGGAGGUGACAGUGCCAACAGCCGUGUACUCCGCCUCCCUCCAUCCUGACCGCUCUGUCUUCAUCUGUGGUGGGGAGGACUUCAAGAUGUACAAAUUUGACUACAACACAAAUGUGGAGAUUGAGUCCUUUAAGGGUCACUUUGGGCCUGUCCACUGUGUGCGAUUCAGCCCCGACGGAGAGUUGUACGCCUCUGGGAGUGAGGACGGUACGCUGAGGCUCUGGCAGACCACGGUGGGCAAGACGUAUGGCCUCUGGAAGUGUAUAGACGCUGCCACCACGGAGAAUAACGUGCCUACCAAACCGGAGACCACAGCUUGAGGGAGCCGGCUUGGGGCGUCCUGACAGCUCCUUCCUUCCUCAGAUUUUAUUGUCACUUAGCGGCAUUUCCUCCUCCGGUCCGUCUCUCGAAAGAAAGUACCUCUUCCUAAUUUAUUGUAGAAUGGACCAUACAUGCCCUAUUUUAUUUUCCUUUUUUCCCUCAAAAUGACGACCGUCGGUCACCCAUCAGACCCGAGGUGCUUCACUGAGCUUGCACAUCCUGGUGAAGGAGGCGUUUCUUCACUUUGUCUCUUUCUUUUUCCUUCCAUUCGGUUUUGUAUGUGAUGCUCUUAUCACUGGGAAGGAUUGGGCAGGGUAGGGCAGGUCAGGUUGCAAUCUUCCAAGGCAGAGGUCAGACCCGGUGUGCCAAGAUUUUUUUGAGUUUUGGCUUGAAUUUUGUGUUGAGCGUAAGGUGCCUGCUGUGGCAAUAGUUAAGCAGCCCAGCAGGUGACACUAUUACCUGUGCCUUAUUGACCUGUUUGGGCAGCGUCUCUCUCAGUCUCUUCCAUGUUGAAUUGUUAAUAUUAUUGUUAUUUAGGAGAAAGACUCAUGCAGCUGCAAGUCAUCCUGCCAGUCCUUGGUAUCUCCUUGUAAAUCAUUAGUCCCUAUAAUUUAUUUUUUUCCCUUUGGUUUAGGGUUAUGGUUUUAGUUUUGUAUAUUUAUGGAAAUAAAUAUACUGUAUAUGUAUUUAAACCUGGGUAGUGAAAUUGGACUCCAGCAUAGUGGAAUCUCAAAGAAAGCAAAACAUUCCCAUCUCUAUGGUGAAACUUUAUUUACUUUCACCCACUAGUGCCCAGUAUCUUGCUACUUCAUUGCGCUAGUCAGCUGGUUGUAUUUUCAAAGAAUUUUUACAAGAAUAAACAAAAAAUCCA